UUUCACGCUCAUCGAGACAUUUUUUUAGAUGCUGCGAAUUUGACGCUUACCGGGCAUAAAAAGCAGUUAGCCGAGAUCGCUCAGACGGAUCCGGAAUUUUAUAAGUUCUUAAAAGAGGAAGAUGGAGAUUUGUUGCAGUUUGACGAGUCCGAUUCGGAGCUUAAAGAUCCCAAUCUUGAGUUAGACGACGGUCAAUCGUUUGAAGAGGAAGAAGAAGAAAAGGAACAGGGUGAGAAGGGUCUGCAGCGUGAUCCAAGCGGCCAGUAUGUUAUCGAUGCUUCUUUCGUGCAUGAUUUGCAUAUCUCAUUAUUAGAAAAGUUUUCGAAAACAAUAGUGGACCAAAAUAUCCUAUGUUUGAUUCCAGAUCCCAAUCUUGAGUUAGACGACGGUCAGUCGUUUGAAGAGGAAGAAGAAGAAGAAAAGGAACAGGGUGAUAAGGGUCUACAGCGUGAUCCAAGCGGCCAAUAUGUUAUCGAUGCUUCUUUCGUGCAUGAUUUGCGUAUCUCAUUAUUAGAAAAGGAGAGACCGGAGCCAUCGGUAGUACGGCGUGCAGUUGUGGCAUUUACGGCUUGUGUGGUGCGAGUUGGCGCCAACAUUGAACCACCAAACUAUGUGAUCAACGACGGGGCCGUGUUCGAAAGCGUCGUUCGGUUGUGUUUUACAGAACUGAGCAGAUGCCUGUACUCUCUGUUGGGCCCAGUCAAAAUUGAGGAUACUGCGGAAAAUCCUCCUUCGGCUGAUACCGAAAAGCGCACAAGGCAGCCACAUUUUCGACGUUGGAAAAAGCAUCACAGAUUGGUGAAGAACUAUCUUCACGCCUUAUCACUGGUAGCCUUAUCGUGUUUGAAUUUUUUUUUUUUUUUUGAUGUUUAA